AUGACAGAAGAACAAAUUGUGAUUAUUUUCAAGGCUGUUGGUCAGGUUGUAGGAUUUAGGCUCGCCUUCGACAGAGACACAGAAAAACCAAAAGGUUAUGGCUUUUGUGAAUUUGCAGAUCACGAGACUGCUCUUUUGGCUGUUCGUAAUCUCAAUAAUACGGACUGCGGAGGUCGUUCAUUGCGUGUCGAUUUGGCCGAUUUGGACCCUCUUCUGGAAGGAAAAACGACUGUUAGAGGCCGUAUAAUGGAUAGGGGUUACACUGGGUCAUCCGAAUACCGUAGCCGAAUGCAUUUGGAUGCAAAUGACGGGGGUAAAGGGCAGUGGAAUGACAAUGAUACAUUUUUAGCGAAUAUCCCACCUGGGAUAACCAUCCCGAGUGGUGUUUCAGCACUUGACCACAUUAAAUGGAUCGUGGCUGAGUUACCGGAGAGUAAAGUUCGCGAGGCCCUGGCUCAGAUGAAGGUGAGCAACGGAAUUUGA